AGUAGGGAUCAACUGUGCGUUAGAUGAACUUGAAGUAAUUAACAUAGUAUUGUUUAAAUUAUGAAAAGCUUAUAGUUUUAGACUUUUAGUUAAAAUGAUUAAAAUAUUUCUAAUUAAACGUAAUAGAGCUAAAUAGUUUUUUUAAAUUAAAUUAAAUUAAAUUUUGUACAAUUUCAAUAUAUAAUUGUGAUUAUAGAUCAACAGAUCAACAUGAGAUGUAUUUAUAUCGUAUGGAUACUUUUUUUAAAAUUGGUGUGCUGUGAGUUAGAAGUCAGAAUUGCGGAUGGAAAUCUCAAAGGGAAAGUUCUACAGUCGCGAGAUGGACGGACUUAUUACUCCUAUACUGGUAUACCAUAUGCAAAACCACCAAUUGGAGAAUUAAGGUUUAAGGCACCACAACCAGUCGAACCUUGGAACGGCACAUUAGAUGCCUCAAGAGAAUCGAACAAAAUAUGUAUUCAAAUAAAUGUUGCAGAUAACGACGAAGAUUGUUUGUACUUAAACGUGUUCACUCCAAAAGUUGAUAAAAAGUUUUUACCAGUAAUGUUUUGGAUUCACGGUGGUAUGUUUUCCCUUGGCCAUGGAGGGCCUGGGAAUCAUGGACCUGAAUAUUUUAUGGACAAAGACGUGCUACUUGUUUCUAUAAAUUAUAGGCUCGGUGUAUUAGGGUUUCUUAGUACCGAGGAUGAUGUGAUACCUGGGAACUAUGGAAUGAAAGAUCAAGUAAUGGCUUUACGUUGGGUACAGAAAAACAUCAUUCAUUUCAACGGUGAUCCUAGUCAAGUGACAAUAUUUGGCGGAAGCGCAGGAGGCGCCAGUACAGGAUUUCAUAUGCUAUCACCAAUGAGUAAAGGUCUUUUUCAUAAAGUUAUACUUCAAAGUGGUAGUCCAGUUUGUAAAUGGGCGGUUUCGCCUAUCGGACUUCCUCGUAAACGCGCUCACGCGGUAGCACUUAUCGCCGGGUGUAAUUUCGAUACUUCCGAGGACAUAUUGCAAUGCUUGAGAAAACUUUCAGCCGACUAUAUUAUUGAUCUUCAAAACAGAUUAUAUGCAUGGCUUUCACAUCCGUGUAUACAGUUUAAUCCUGUCGUCGAAAAUUGUAAUUCUGGUCAAGAAGCAUUUCUCUGUCAUCAUCCUAUAUAUGAUUUUAAACAAGAGUCGUUUGUACCUGCUAUUUUUGGCCUGAAUUCAGCUGAAGGUGGUCUGUUUGUGGCUUCUCUGUACAACAGCACUUCUUUGAUGUACACCGAGUUGCAGACGUAUUUCAACCGUAUAUUGUCGAUUAUGCUAUUUUAUAACCAGUACACAAGACCGGAAGAUUUAGACGAAAUCGGAGAAAGAGUGUUGAAAGAAUAUUUUCCAUCAGGAAGAUUGGACGACAAUACACAUUCGAAUGCGGUUAACAUGAUAGGCGAUGGAUGUUUUGCUCACUGCAUAGUUGAUAUGGCAAAAAAAUUAUCGUCGCCAGUCUACAGUUAUUAUUACGAUUAUCAAAAUGAGUUUUCGUAUAACAAAUUAUUUGGCUCAUGCCAAAAAAGUCUAGGAGUCACUCACGUGGAUGAACUAAACAGUCUGUUUAAAAACAAUAAUUUAAACUCAAACGAUUUAAACGCGGACAAUCUCAAAGUUUCCAGACUAAUGGUCAAUAUUUGGUAUAGAUUUGUGACUUCUGAGACUCCUACUAUUGACGGGACAGAUACCGGGACUGAUUGGCCAAAAUUUACUUACGAUGAACAAUUUAGCGUUUUACACAUUGAUUCAGCGCAACCGAAAAUCAUACAAAAUCCAUUCGAUGAGAAAUAUAAAUUCUGGAACCAACUGCCUUACAGUUUUCGUCUAAAUCAAACGAUGUCAGGAAAAAUGGAAGACAUAAAAACUGAACUAUAGUUUUAUCGUAGUGUACAUUGAAAAUUGGAUAAUAUAUAAAUAUCGAGUGAAUAGGUAGUAGAGGUACCUGGUACAUAUUUAGGUACCUACUAAACACUUUUAAGUUAUGCACAUUCGUGGAUUCAUUUGACUCAUACCUAUAUCUAGGACAAUAAUACCUACAUAUUAUAAACUAUAAUAUAUUAGGAAAAAAAAUAUUAUGAUAUUAAUUAUAUUAUAAAUUAUAAUCUAGUCAUAAUUAUUAAAUUUAUAGGUAAUCUAAAGAUAUAAUAUUAUACAUUAAUUUGUAGUUUUUAUAGUUACAUAUUCAGUAAGAAUCCUCAUAUUGUCUUUCCUCAAGUCUAUACGUUUGGAAAACUAUAGGAAUCUAGGAAUUAGGAUUAAGUAGUGAUGUGAUCUGAGUGAAUACUUAUCGAUAUUCACACAAUUUAUUUAUUUAUUAUUGUUGGAUUAUCUAUUUUUAUGUUAUCAGAAUUUUAUACACUCAAUAAUAAAUUUUUUUUAUAAUAAAUGCCGUAAUAAUAGUAGUGUCGAACGUGUACAGAUCUAUUUAAUAUUUAAAUAAUUUGAGCACUAUUAUAAUAAUAGGUAAAUAUUUUAUUAUGAUAUUAUUUAUUGAACAGUAUAUUUUGAUACAUUCUACGGAAAAUGUCCAAGAUGUGUAAUAUUAUAAACCUACACUUUUUUAUUAUCUAGUUCGAGAUUAUUAAUCCAUCAAACAUGUUCUGACGGAAAUUUAUUAGGCUAGGAAGUGUAAAUUAUUUCACUAUAAUUUUAAUUAAUGAGGCUUUGUCGGACAAAGUUUUUCCUUAGUAAUUAUGAGAAUGUUAUACACCAUGAUUAGAAGCAGACGUGGGUAGGUAGGUGUUUAAACUUUCGAGAACAUAAUAAAUAUAUUAUUAUGUGUGAUAUGGUUAUGAAUUAUGAUGGGAAACUACUUCAAUAUUUUAUAUAAAUUGAAAUAAAAACCGAAACCAAUAGUAUAAAAUUAAUAUAUUGUGUAAAAAAUAUAUUAUUCACGGUCAGAGCUAUACAUUUAUUGAGAAACGUACGACUGAUUUAGAUUUAAAAUGUUAAUUUUAUAUUAAUUAGAUACGUACCUACCUAAUUUUUUGAAGGUAUACUUGUUAAGAGACUUAAUAAGAUACUUUUAUGUACCCGACCGGGGAGCGCUGCUGAGUGCCUGCCCACUAAUGUUAAAUUCUCCUGUCACUUACCAUUAAAUUAUCAAAUUUGCUUAUUGUACUUAACGUUGUAUGGACUGUAAAUAUUUCAAAUAUAAAAUAAAUAAUUAAAAAAAAAAAACUUUGAUAACAUAGUAUUUUUACUGUGUUUGUACAAUGGCUUUUUUUAAAAAUAUUAAAAUUCUUAUACCAGUUAAAUGAUAAUGAGAAAUAUUAGAAUCUAAAAGUGGUCUUAUCUUGAUUUAGAAUUUAAAUAUCGUAUAUACUGUUAAUUGUAUAGCUGAUAAUGUUGUUAAAUGAAAAUUUGAUAAUAGGUCUAAGGUCGAUUGUGAGUUGAUUUUUGUUUCUAAUAAUCAAGGUAACAAGUAUAACAACACAAUUUUCUAUGUUGUGCAUAAGCCAAAGAGAGAAAACAAAAAAUAGUACGCUGAAAUCCUCCAAUAAGAAAUACAUUAAAGUUACCUGUAGUUGAUGAAUAGUUAGACAUUAAGAUAAGACAUGUUAUUAAUAUUGUUGGACGUCUACUGCCUAAUCAUCAAUACAUAUAGUCAUUUCAAUUGGCAUAAUAAUAUGGCAAAUUGGUACACUUUAAAUAUCGCUGAUAACCAACAUUCAUUUGUCCGACAAAACAUGUGUUGGAUUUUAGGUUUUGAAGCAUUAUUUCUGUCUUUAAUAGUGCGGCAGUCUAGUUUGUUAUUUCUGUAGAAACUGUGUGUUAUUCAAUUAAUGUAAUUUUAUACUUACGACGUCAAAUAGCUUAUGAAUUUGGUGUUUUAUUUGAUUAUUUAUUGUAAUGAGUGAAAUCGGUGAAACACUUUAUCCUCCGAAUUUAGACUUUACACUGAAUUUAUUUUGAGGUAUAAAUAAAAUAAUGUUUAUGAAAAUAUAUAAGCAAUAUUAUUAUGUCAAUUAUGUAACGGCAAAAAAUGUAUGGUAUCUGGUACACUGAAAUCUACAUAUAAUUUCAGAACACGCAUAAAGGUAAU